AGCAGAGUCUUUCCUUCAUCAUUAAGCCCUUAAACUCUAGUGUUUUUUUUCCCCCCCUUUCCUCUUGACUGUGUUGCUUUCAUAUAGACAGUGAAAUCUGCCAAAAAAUAAAUGGACUUAUCUGGUAGCUAGCUGAAAGAAUGAUAAACAAAACAAAGUUUUCAGUUCCUUCACUUGUCUUCCAACAGUCUCGACUUUGAUUUGCUGUCUUUUUUUUUUUUUUCAAGGUCUGUAUUAGGCUGUCUUAUGGUCACUGAAAAAAGUGUUGUUAUCAUCAAAACCCUAGUUAAGAUCCAAACAUAUCUUCUUUGUUGUAGCUAGCUAUAAAUUAAAAACUGUGAACUUUCCAUGGAUUCGAUUGGAGAAAUGGAUAUCUCUUCCAACUCCCAAAACGGGGGCACCCUUAUGAACGUUAGCCAUAACAGUGGCACUUCGUCUUCUUCAACCUCAAGCCGCUACGAGAACCAAAAGCGCCGUGACUGGAAUACCUUUGGGCAGUACCUGAAGAAUCAUAGACCUCCACUUGCCUUGUCUAGGUGCAGUGGAGCUCAUGUCCUGGAAUUCCUUCGUUACCUUGACCAAUUCGGCAAAACCAAAGUCCACACACCAAUCUGCCCUUUCUAUGGCCACCCAAACCCGCCUGCACCUUGCCCAUGUCCACUCCGUCAAGCCUGGGGUAGCCUCGACGCUCUCAUCGGUCGCCUCCGAGCCGCUUUUGAAGAAAAUGGAGGAAAGCCUGAAGCAAACCCUUUCGGUGCACGAGCUGUGAGGCUUUAUCUUCGUGAGGUUCGUGAUUUGCAGUCGAAAGCAAGAGGGAUUAGCUACGAGAAGAAGAAGCGUAAGAGACCACCACCUCAACAAAUCCCAUCUCUGCAACUGCAAGUGCCACCACCACCACCAGUGAUUAACAAGUUGAAAGUUCGUUAGUGGCCAGGAAAUGGUCGAUUAGAUGUGCUGAUUCGCCAAGGCGCUAGUCACUGGUGCUGUCAUUUCAGUGCAGCAAAAUAUGGCAGACAAUGUUUCAUGAUUUAUAUACAUAUAUUUAGAGAUUAUUAACAUAUAAUCUCAUUUAUAAAAUGAACUGAUACUUUUUCUCAUAAUAUAAAUACAUGAAACCUUAAUAGUUAACUA